GGCGCCGCUUGCCUUGCUUUCGUGUUUGCGCGAUCGCGCCUUUCACCAAUAUAUAAAUCAAGUUUACAAACUACUCUCCUACAUAGUAGUGUUUAUAUUACUCGUGCGGCGUAGUAUUCUUAUUUAUUCACAUCUAAAAUGGUUUAUAUUUAAUGAAGUGGGUCACAGCUGAUUAAAAAUGGGUUUAGACUUCGAUGUUCUAGAGUUUUGCAAAAAACUCCGUCAAAACCGGCCUCCGCCUUACCAAUGUCCCUUGGAAAAGUGUGAUAAAGUAUACAAGAGUUUGUGUGGGCUGCAGUAUCACCUGGUGAACUACGAUCAUGACAACCCGACGCCCGCUACCCCGGCCUCUGUUAGCCACCGUAAGAAGGGCAGAUCGACGCGGGCGCCAGUGCCAACUGGCGACAUAGCCCUGCAAAGUCCACCCAAAGAAGCCCUAACUUUUGCGGAAGCCCAGAAAGUUGUCCAGUUUGAGAUAGAUGGCAAAAUUAGCAGGAUUCCUAUAGAUCAGCCCCUGCCGAUAAUGUCGCUUGAGGAUUGGGAAAAGAAGAAUGCAGAGCUGGAAAAACCAGUGCCGUUUGUUGAGCCACCGCCUGAACCGCAUGUUAAAUUGCCUGAAGCCAGCUUCAAGCUGAUUGAAGAUUACAAUGAAAGAGUGUGUGAUGCCCCUCCCCGCCCAAAUGCCUACAUCCGCUUUAUAGAGAAGUCUGCCGAGGAACUAGAUGGUGAAGUGGAGUAUGAUGUGGACGAGGAAGAUACAGCGUGGCUUGAAAUUAUUAAUAAGACGAGGGUCAAGCAAGGUCUGCCGCCCGUUUCAGUUGAUACCUUGGAGCUGUUAAUGGAUAGAUUGGAGAAAGAAUCCUACUUUCAGGCAUCCCAAACGGGCCAACAAACAGCGGCUCAAGUAGAUGAAGAUGCAGUCUGCUGCAUAUGCAUGGACGGUGAAUGCCAGAACACCAACGUCAUCCUGUUCUGUGACAUGUGUAACUUGGCUGUGCAUCAGGACUGUUAUGGGGUGCCAUACAUACCCGAGGGCCAGUGGCUGUGCCGCCGAUGUCUGCAGUCUCCAUCUCGCCUCGUCAACUGCGUACUCUGCCCAAACACUGGAGGAGCCUUCAAGCAGACGGACCAAGGCACGUGGGCCCACGUGGUCUGCGCCCUCUGGAUACCUGAAGUUCGUUUUGCAAACACCGUGUUUCUCGAGCCUAUAGAUUCGAUCGAGAUGAUCCCAGCAGCCCGUUGGAAGCUGCAAUGCAUGGUGUGCAAGCAGCGAGCCUCUGGCGCUUGCAUCCAGUGCCACAAGAGCAACUGCUACUCUGCCUUCCAUGUCACUUGUGCACAACAGGCUGGAUUAUACAUGAAAAUGGAGGCGGCAGGCGCCGGGCGGGACCCCAGCCAGCCGGUGCAGGUCGCCAAGAUGGCGUACUGCGACGCGCACACGCCGGCGCACGUGCUGCAGGAGCGCCGCGCUGCCGAGGCCGAGGGCGACGCCAAGCCGUCAGACUUGUCGGCUAUCAGGCAGAAGGGACGGGACAAGAUCAAACAGGCGCGUCGCGUCCUCGCAAUGAAGCGGACCUGGGCACCAGUGGUGCUAGUCCCCACUCUGCCCGCCGAGCGCGUGGCCGAGGUGGCGGCGCUGGCGCACGGGCCGCCCGCGUCGCGCGCGCAGCUCAUGAAGCGCCUGCUGGCCUACUGGACGCUGAAGCGGCGCAGCAGGAACGGCGUGCCUUUGUUGAGACGGCUGCAGAGCGCCACCACACACCACGGUACCAGAGGCAUUCAAGAUGGUACAGUCAACGUGCGAGAGCUUUGCAACCAACUGAAGUAUUGGCAAAGGAUACGCCAAGAUUUAGAGAGAGCUAGGCUCCUAUGCGAACUCGUCCGCAAACGCGAACGCCUAAAGGCUGAACACACUCGCGCGUGGGAGCGUCUGGUCCUGCACCACCUCCGGCCCGAGCGGGCCGUCCUACACAAGCUGCUGAGGAUGCUGCGACAGCGGGACCACAGCGACGUGUUCACCGAGCCCGUCGACCUGCUGGAGGUGCCCGACUACAGUACGGUAGUGAAGCACCCGAUGGACCUGAGCACUAUGGGAAAGAAGUUAGACCGCGGCGCGUACAAAACCAUAGACGAUGUGGAAGCCGACUUCACGCUCAUGAUAGACAACUGCCUCGCCUAUAACAACAAGGACACAGUAUUUUAUAAGGCCGCAAUAAAAAUGCGCUCCCAGUGCCUCCCGAUCUUCCGCCAAGCGCGGCGCGACGUCCGCACUGCCGGCAUGCCGCAGCUCGCCGGCGCCGGCGACGCCGACUCCAGCCCCGAGCGAGAGGCACCGCGCGAGCGGGACAGGGCCAGGUCCACCAGGAGGAGCGUCGACUCGAGGCGGAGCCGGAGCAGGGCUAGCAGCAGCGACAGCGGGAACACUGCCGACACGCGGAGCUCGCGCGCGCGCAGCCGCCGGCGCGCCGAGCCGCGCAGGAGCCCGCGCCGGGACUCGGACGACGACAAUAACACCCGGGAGAGCUCACCAGUGGCGUCGAAGUCUAAAGUGAACGCGAACUGGUGGCGCGGGCGCGGGCGGGGGCGGGGGCGGCGCGGGCGCGGGGGGCGCGGCCGGGGGCGCAACGUGUCCCGUAACCCGGCGGUGACUGACACACCGACUUCUGGCUCCGAGACGCCGGCGCCGUCUAAACCCGUCGAGCGCACGCAAAAGCUGUCCACGCCGGAGAAAUCGCCGAACAAGUCGCCCAACAAGUCGCCCGUCAAGUCCGCCAAGUCGCCGCUCAAGACGGCCAGUUCAGGUUUGGGUCUCAUCGGAGGUUUGAGGAAGCCAACGCUACUGCUUACUCCGACGACCGUAGCGACGCCGCCUAAAAGUUUCGGAUCCGAUGCGUCACUCCCCACUUUAUCAGCCAGCCUCGGCAGGCCGCUGGAGCCGUCACCCAAGAAGAAAGGCCGCGGACGCCCGAGAAAGUGCGAUAAAGACAAACAGGCUUCUUCACCCGACUUAUUUCGGACGGGCCUCGGCGAAGGCAAGGCGCUGUCCACGCCUGUCCCGGCCUCGUUCCUGCAGUACCGCGGGACGACCGGCGAGGCCGGCUCGGACAGCGACCUGGCGCUGUCCAGGUCGUCGUCGAACAGCUCCGUGUGGUCGUCAUGCUCGUCCUGCACGCACUACGCCUCCGACCGCUCACGCUCCGCCAGCUCCAGCGAUGGGUCCAGCUACAACGACACGCUGGACUCGACGCUGGAGGGCAGCGGCGCGGAGCGGCGGGAGCGGCGGCGACGCUCGCACUCCGACCAGAGCCGCUCCGGACAAGACUCGCCCACCACACCGACUAAGGGCCGAGGCACACGCUCAUCCACAUCGAAGACGCCCGUGAAGAGCUCGCUGCCCGACGAGCCCCUCGAACCGCUGCAACUCGUCUGGGCCAAGUGCAGAGGCUACCCCUGGUACCCAGCUUUAAUAAUCGACCCAAAAAUCCCAAAAGGCUUCAUCUACAACGGCGUUCCGCUUCCAGUACCACCACAAGACGUACUCAACCUCAAGAAGAACCAUUCUCACGAGCCAGUCCUCUACUUAGUACUAUUCUUCGAUGUCAAACGCACAUGGCAAUGGCUGCCGCCUAACAAGCUUGAACUUCUAGGAGUAGAGAAAAGUUUAGAUCAGGCUAAGCUGGUUGAAUCUAGGAAACCAGCUGAUAGAAAGGCGGUGAAGAAGGCCUACGGAGACGCGAUGCAGUUUAGAAAGCAGGUCGAUGGCGACAAAUGACACAGGUUUAGGUAUAGGUCUAGGAGACCGAAUAGGAACAGAACGUUCAGCUUCGGGAACUUCUCCUUGAUGCAUAUUAGAACGCCGGAGGAUACGAGUGAUUCCAGUGAUUAAUUUAGUUUAGAAAUUUAAAUAUCUAGAGGGUGAAUGAACUGUAGCAUGCAGCGCAAGAGCUCCCUGUUCAUUGGCACGAAGUGUAAAAUUUACACUGUAAAAUGACAAAUUUAAGUUUUUGUAUUUAGGCCACUAGAUAGCAGCAAAGCGCAAGGGUGCACGCUCAAACUGUAGGGAGCUCACCUGCUUUGCGUAACCAUCUACUAUUACUAUAACAUAUUACAAUCUUAAUCUGUUUAUACAGGUAGCUCCUUGGGUCAAAAGUAUUACUAACUAGCGACCCGCCCCGGCUUCGCACGGGUGCAAUGCUGAUGUAUUGUACAUAUAAACCUUCCUCUUGAAUCACUCUAUCUAUUAAAAAAACCGCAUCAAAAUCCGUUGCGUAGUUUUAAAGAUCUAAGCAUACAUAGAGACAGACAUACAUCCAGACAGCAGGAAGCGACUUUGUUUUAUAUUAUGUAGUGAAGUACAUCUCUGUAUCAUAUAUACCUAAAAAUAAUAGUGAGUAAAAACCGCACUAAUAAAUAUUUUGAUAUAUGUUUUGACAAGAUAAUUGAAUAUGAACAGUAAAUAUUUCAAUAACUUAGGUGAGAUAGACUGGAUUGUAUGAUAAGGUUAGGAAUGCGAAAAUAAUACCAUUUGUAAAGAAGUUAAUGUAAGUAUAGGUACAGUUAGCAGCUGAAAUUGCUUAGUGGGCAAUGUUUAUAAAAUGACCUCAACACAUAUUUACGAGUAUUUGCUAAGGGAGUAAAUGCUUGUGCUGAUAUUUUUUACAUUAGCCGAUGUAGCAAUUUCUGUUGCUGACUGCUUUUUGGUAGGUGGUUGGUAGGUAGGUGUAACUGUUAUUCUCUGUAGGUUUGGUAUUGACUUGUUUACCUAUUCAAGAUAAUAAUGAAAACAUUGCGAAUAAUAAUACCUUCAUAAGUUUCAUAACAUAAUAAAUAUAAUAACUAAAUCAAAUGUAUAAUUAUACGAGUAUAUACUUAUUCGGAAAGUAGUUGGUAACCUCAUUAUAAAUUUAUAUAUUUCUAGAUGUGAUAGAGAUAAUACUUAAAUGUAAUUGUCUGGUUGCAUAAACGGUUAACUUGGGUAAAUGAUGUUAUGUCAAUCAAUGAUAAUCAAUAAAAUGAUGUUAACUUUGAUCACUUCAAGUUGUAAGUUAUAAAUCCAAUGUACUCAUGUAUAACAUCAAUCUAAUGUUUCAUCACUAUGAAUGCAGCUGUAGAGAUAAACGUGGCUAAAUUUAAUAUGUAUUUGUCGAAAUAUAUGUAAAGAUUUCAAUUUAAUGAUGGAGGUAAAAAAAACAACUGGUUAGGAAUACAGGGAAGUGGCGUUGUGGUAAACGGAAGUUGGUAUUAUUGCUCUAUGAUAAAGUAGAUGAGGUAUAAAGUAUUGUAACUGGACUGAUGGAUAGAAUGUAACAGUAAGCUGUAGAGAUAACUGAACCCCUUGCAAACAAAUUUCUAUUGCUAAUUCAUGCGUAGUUCGGAAGGGAGAGGUGCGUACUAUUUUUUAACUCAAUUGUCAGGAAAUAGUUUUUUUUUUCUUUUUAGGGUUGUGUUGUUAUUUGCCUUUUACAAUCAAUACCCAUUAUUUUUGUUGGGAAGUCACCACUGUUGCAUUAAAAUAUGUAUGAAAGAGCCAACCAUUGACCGAGAGCGGACAUUAAUAUAGGUAGUUACCUAUAAAGUUUUGGUUUUCUUAUACAGGCAUCGUUAUAGCCAUCAAAUACAUCUAAGCAAUAUGUUCACACGCAUCUGAACGGCAGUAUUACUUGCUUUGAACUUGUGAAGAUAUCUUAUGUGGCUUUCCAAAUCAAAAAAGUAUGUUAUACAGUUGCCAUAAAGGCACCUUUUGUAAUGGAAAGCCACUUGCCACUUGCCUGUUACGAUGUAUUUAAGAAUAUAAUCUUUUUGCACAUGUUUGAGAAUCUUGUAUUUCCUUAUAAAUUUUAAUUUGCAAUGUUUUUGUUUUUACGGUAUCAAAAUAAGGCUUUUAUUAUAAGUCGUUGUGUUAUCAGUGUUUUAUGCUGGCUUUGUUUGUCAAA